AUGGUUUCAAGUUCUCCUCCACAGCCAAAAGAAAUUCCAUCAGACGAAAAAUGUGCCGAGAACGGUCCUCGUCGCAAGGCCAAAUGGUGGUACUCGACUUUUCACACGGUCACGGCCAUGGUCGGAGCCGGUGUACUCAGCUUGCCUUAUGCCAUGGCUUACUUAGGAUGGGGACCGGGAAUGGUUGUGAUGGUAUUGUCAUGGUGCAUCACGUUGAACACCAUGUGGCAGAUGACCCAACUGCACGAGUGUGUCCCGGGUGUGCGGUUUGAUAGGUACAUCGACUUGGGCCGGCACGCAUUUGGGCGGGGGCUAGGGGCAUGGAUCGUGCUCCCCCAGCAGCUCAUUGUGCAAGUGGGUUGUGAUAUCGUGUACAUGGUGACCGGAGGUAAGUGUCUCAUGAAGUUCAUGGAGAUUGCGUGCUCCAACUGCAAGCCCAUUAGGCAGUCUUACUGGAUUUGCAUAUUUGGUGGGCUUCACUUUUUUCUGUCCCAGCUGCCGGACUUCAAUUCCGUGUCCGGUGUCUCGUUGGCGGCUGCGGUUAUGUCGCUUUGCUACUCAACGAUAGCCUGGGUGGGAAGCCUAAGUAAAGGCCGGUCUCCGAACGUGAGCUACGCGUACAAGCAAACCAGCCGGCUCGAUUCCAUGUUCCGAAUUUUCAAUGCUUUGGGCGAAGUCACUUUUGCCUACGCAGGCCACGCGGUGGCCCUCGAGAUCCAGGCGACCAUACCCUCGACUCCCGAGAAGCCUUCUAAAGUUCCCAUGUGGAAAGGGGCCGUCUUGGCCUAUAUUAUCAACGCCAUUUGCUAUUUUCCGGUGGCCAUUAUUGGGUAUUGGGCCUUCGGGCGAGAUGUGGCCGACAAUGUGCUAGUCGCGCUCGAGAGGCCUGCUUGGCUGAUUGCCACCGCCAACUUGAUGGUGGUUGUGCACGUGAUCGGGAGCUAUCAGGUUUAUGCAAUGCCGGUUUUCGACAUACUUGAGAGAAGCAUAGUGAAGAGAACGAGCAUUUCGAAUGGACCCGUGCUUAGGCUUAUCGUUCGUUCCGGUUAUGUUGCCUUCACACUGUUUGUUGGUGUGACUUUCCCUUUCUUUGGUGAUCUUCUUGGUUUCUUUGGUGGUUUUGGCUUUGCUCCAACUUCCUAUUUUAUAAUUUCGCACAACAAGGCUCAACGUCACCCGAGCAUUGGCCGAGCAACAGGCCCACACGUGCUCGCUGUGCCACCAGCACUCUUGGCGCGCACAACGAGAUUCACGAUAGCGGUGAGUGCAAUUAUACCUGAACAGGCUUUCGGCUUAGUUUAUCAACUCGUGCCACACCACCAUCAGAUCAUCCUUUGA